UCAGUCAAAUCACUGCCACAUGGAUGGAGGGCGUUACUGAAAUUAUUUAGUAAAAUAAAAUAUUCAGUAAUUAGACUACACGAAAGCGGUGCGGUUUCCUGAGGGUUUCAAUUGUGUCGAUGAAACAUAUUUUUUAAAAUGUUUUCCACUGCGUCUAAAUCUUUAUUAUGUUGUACAAGCGCUAUAGGCCCAAACAGGGCGUUAGCGUCAAUUCUCUCGAAGAGUUCGUCCGUCAUCUCAGUGCCGCAAAACCGGGACUACCACGAGGUCACCGGUAACAUUAUCUGCCCCAAUGUAGUCAGAGGUAUCGAUCAUUUGAGAGAUCCCCGACUCAAUAAGGGUCUCGCCUUCACGUUGGAGGAACGCCAGGCACUUGGCAUCCACGGUCUUUUGGCAGCCAAGUUCAAAACUCAAGAGGAACAGCUCGAUAUCUGCAGGAUAUCCAUCGACAGAUACGAGGACAACCUAAAUAAAUACCUCUAUCUCGUCGAGUUACAGGACAGAAAUGAGAAGUUGUUCUUCAGGCUUUUGGCCGAGAACAUUGAGAAGUAUUUGCCGAUUGUGUACACCCCCACCGUGGGACUGGCGUGUCAGAGGUUCGGUCUCAUCUACAGAAGACCUAGGGGCCUCUUCAUCACAAUUAACGACAAGGGGCAUAUAUUCAACAUUCUUAAAAACUGGCCUGAACCUGAUGUUCGCGCUAUAGUGUUCACUGACGGAGAGAGGAUUUUGGGCCUUGGUGACCUUGGGGCUUAUGGCAUGGGUAUUCCUGUGGGUAAACUCUCCUUGUACACUGCCCUGGCUGGUAUUAAGCCCCACCAGUGCCUACCCAUCACUUUGGACGUGGGAACCGAUAAUCAGGAUCUUCUAGAGGACCCGUUGUACAUUGGUCUUAGACAGAAGCGCGCCCGAGGCAAGGAGUACGAUGAGUUUAUCGACGAAUUUAUGGAAGCUUGCGUUCAGAGAUACGGACAAAAUACUUUACUGCAGUUCGAGGACUUUGCUCUAUUAAACGCUGGUCGUCUCCUGAAGAAGUACCGCAACAAAUACUGCACGUUCAACGAUGAUAUCCAGGGCACCGCCAGUGUGGCCGUCGCUGGUCUCAUGGCCGCCGUCAGAGUCACCAAGAGGAAGCUCAGUGAAAACAUCUAUCUGUUCCUUGGAGCUGGUUCUGCAGCCAACGGUAUCGCCAGUCUAACAGUAGCUGCGAUGGUCGCAGAAGGUUUGACCGAACAACAAGCACAAGAAAGAGUAUACAUGUUUGAUGUCGAUGGUCUACUUUCGACGCGCCGCGAAGGUGGUGUACCAGAACACGCGAAGGCUUUCGGAAAGAACAUCGAACCUGAGAAGGACUUCGAGGCCUGUGUUGCUAAAAUCAAGCCGAGCUGUCUUAUUGGAUGCUCGACGGUAGGUGGUGCUUUCACCUCAAACGUUCUACAACAGAUGGCUAAGAAUACAGAUCGACCAGUUAUCUUCGCGCUCUCCAACCCGACAAGCAAAGCCGAGUGUACUGCUCAAGCCGCCUACGAUAAUACAGAGGGACGUUGCAUUUUCGCGUCCGGCUCUCCGUUCCCCCCCGUGAAGUACAACGGCAAGGAGUAUCACACCGGCCAAGGCAACAACUCAUACAUUUUCCCCGGCAUCGCCCUCGGAGUUAUCGCCACCGCUACCCACCAUAUACCUGAGACCAUGUUCUUGACUGCCGCCAGGACUUUAGCCCAUUACGUCAGCGAGGAGGAUCUUGCUAUUGGACGUAUUUACCCAUCACUGGCUGAGCUCAAAGAAGUUUCUGUUAACAUCGCCAUUGAAGUUGCUAAAAUGGCUUACGAUGAAGGUUUAGCUUCAGUGUACCCUGAGCCGAAGGAUCUUUCGAAGCACGUACAUAACCAAAUGUACAAUUUCCAUUACGAGAGCUCUAUGCCAGUCGUCUGGGAUUGGAAACCAGAGGAGAAAUUUAAUGUAAGACCUAUUCAACCAGUCCCCAAAAACAUUUAAAUCAGUAUUAGUUUCGUUUGGGUUAUGUGUCAAAUGUACUAGAAAAAUUAGCCCGUUCAAUCGUAAAAAUCUAUGUGGUAUAUGAAGUUAGAACUAAGGAACACGUAUGUUCGUUGCUUAUUAUUGAAAUAUCCCAGUGAUAAAAAAUGUCCCUAAAAGUACUAUUGUACACCAAGUAUGGCUAAUGACGUCAUCGGUUAUUGGCCACGCGAAGAAAGGCAUGAAUGUUGUUAAAUUUAUUUUUUAUUAAUCAUAGAAAAUUAAGUACAUUUAUUUAUGUUUGAGUGAAAAUGUGUUUGCUCACAAAAUCAUGAAUAAUUAUUAUAUUUUUUUCGUACACAUUUGAGUUUUACUAUUGAACAAUCGGGCUUUAAAAAUGGGUUUACAUCGACGUAGCGUAGUGUGUUGCCACACGACAUUGUCCUACAAUAAACAUUCACUAUAACAUAAGACAUAAAAUAUUAAAAUGCAACACACCACACUACAAGAAAAAUCCAACUUAUAUAAGUUAAUUUAAAUUAUGGAACGUUCGUUUUGGAAUGUUGGUAGUUAUGCAAUAAAAGAUGCGUUCAGUGCACAACGCCUUUAAUGGGAGUGUUCAUGUUGUCCAUGUAUUACUGUUACAAUAAUUAUUUUACACAAAGUAUUUUAUACCUCCGUAAUUUACAUAGUAAAUAUUUAAUGUUCAAACUAGAAAAAUCUUUAUUAAUACACUUAGGUUUAAUGUCCAGUUACUUGAAUCUCUUUUGGUGUAUUUCUCUCUAUUGUUAGGCGUAUAAGUAUUCUUUUAAAAGUAUUACAUAUUAAAUCUAUAGGUCCUUCAUGGAACAUUAUUAUCAAACAAUAUUUCUGGAUAUGUUCACAAUAAACUCUUGUGAGUAACUGGACUUAAUCCAUGUUUAAUGUAGUGUUUCGACUGUAUCAUUGUGUGCAAUUAGCUUGUAGUUGAGCAAUUUUAACAUUGUUAUCGUAUUCAGUGUGGAAAUAAUAAUAAUGGUGGCCUUUUAACAUUGUUUUUAGCUUUGCUCACUAAAUGUUAUAUAGCUACAAUUCGGAAUAUUAGAUUCGGACAAUAUUUAGUGCGGUGAAUAAAAUAACAUUGGUUUUUUCUUUUCAUACUGUUUUUAGUAACAUUUGCCAAUUAGUUUACUGCGACUUAUAAUACAAUAGUUAUUUAUUGCUUGUUUUAGCUAUCAUUUUCAUCAUAGUGACAUGCCAAGCUAUUUAUUUAGGACAAUAUUUUUCUAACAUUAUUUUUAAGCUGUAAAUGAAUUGUUUAGCAAAAUGGAAUGUACCUACUUAAAUGUUGUGAAUAUUUAAAUUAAAUAACACGUUUUAUGGAAUGGAAGAUAAGAAAAGUCUAGUCACCGCAGCAUUAAAAUGCAGGUCAUCUAUUUAAUUUGCAUUUCACAUCAUUAUAAUUAUUAUAAGCAUUAGGAAAGAAAUACAAACAUGAAUAAUUAUAAAGACAUUUAGAGACUAAUCGAUUAGAAUGUCUAGAAUUUAUUGUGGAAAUGUUGUAAAAUAUGUUUACAGUUUUAAAAAUGUUAACAUGUUUUUAAUCGCGUUAAUUCUGAUAUUUCUUUUAAUCAAUGACCACACAUCUUACAAGCAUUUAUUUUAUAUUAAACAAUACAUUAAUGUAUUUACACGAUUCGGUAGGUUUUUAUUAAAAUCUGUAUCAGUAUCCAUAGUGGUCGUGAAUCGAAGAAACAAUUUUAAAUAAUAAAUAUAAUUAAUAUUGCGUGUCUCUGCAACUAUAAAGGACGAAUAAAAUGUAACUUGCUACCUAGUAGUUUUUUAUCAUUAUUGUUUUGACUAAGUAUUAUUUUUGAAUUCAGUAUUUUAAUAAUAGUGAGACGAACUUUUCGCUGAGCGAAUUAAAUACAAUUUUUAUUUUAGGUAGUCAGUUAUUUAUGUUUCUAUAUGUAUCUGGUGAUAUUAUGUGAUUUUACUUGCUGUGACGAUGUAUAAUAAAAUUUAUCCCACUAUACAUGUUUGUUAUUUUUUGGCUUAAUGUUGUACGAAAUAAAACCGCUUACGUAAUGAAAAUAUCUUCUGUAAGUUGGUCAAUUAUACGGCAAUACUUAUAAGCAGGGUUUUAUUUCAUUUACAAUGGUUGAUUUCAUUACGUCAAUUAAAUGAGUACCACCUUUAUUGUAAUGCAGCUUGGCAAAAGAUAACAUUAUUGUGUUAGUUAAUGCGAUUGUUAAAAUGAAAAUUAUAGAUGUUACUCAUUAAACAUGUUCCAAAGAUAAAUAUUUUUGUUUUAUUUAACUUUU